AUGCAUUCAUCAGAUGAAGGAGCGCCCAAGCGCACGGCGCGCGCCUGCGAUUCUUGCUAUAGACGCAAGAUCAAAUGCGAUGCUGCCGUGCCACAGUGCAAUUGGUGUAGCCACCAUAACCUCCCAUGUACUUUUGAUCGAGUUAUUACACGAAAGCGGAAGACGGAAAAUGAGGGAAAUCGGCCUAAAGCCUCGCGGCUGUCAGAGCGCAUCAGCCGCAUUGAACAGCUCCUAGCGGAGAAUUUGAUAAGGGAUUCAAGUCCUGCCCCACCGGAUCUAUCAGAGACCGCCUAUGACUACUCAACGCCCAGUAGCUCCCCCAGCACUGUCAGCAGCUUCGCACCCCAGCUAUCAUAUUCUGUGGGAGUGCAUUUCGCUGGCCGAGAACUGGGUGCGAUCAGUCUUCUGACAGGCGUCCCAUUCCUUCUACCUGAAGGGCAAGCCUGGAUCCAGUCUCGCACCGGACAGACCGUCGCACACGACAAGCUGAGUCCUAUGCAUGCACCAUGGGAGAAAGAGCGCGCCCAAAGUAACAAGAACUUAUUGAUGAGUUUGACGAGCGAGAAUUUAUUCGAUCUUCCUGAUUGGCGUGUCGUACGGUUGUACUUUGAAGCCUACAGAAGCUCUGCUGUAAUGCGGCGGAUCUUUCCGGUUAUCGACUGCGAUUUAUUCGAAGAGACUAUCCAUGCAGCUUACCAGCAAUCGAGCUCGAGUUACCGACAGACCAGCAGCCGAGCUUGUGUCACUGCUUUCCUUGCAUUUGUUUGCCGCCUGCCUCCAAUAAAGGAGCUUACCCAGGAGACGCCAAUUGAUCACGAAACCCUGGCUGGCAAAUGUCAAUUUUUGAUAGCCCAAGUUCUGCAAGAACCUGCAACUAUGGACGCUUUACAGGCUGUCACAAUGCUGACGCUAUAUGAACUCGCUUCGGGAAACAUGCGGGUGACGAAUUAUUUAGGGGCAGUUGCUGCACGACAAAUCUUCAUGCUAGGUGCAAAUCUCUGUCAAAAUCGAACGUCCCCAGUCAGUGAGCGCAGCCAGAAACGCCAAAAUCACCUCCGCAAUCUCUUUUGGAUCUGCUACACCUUAGACAAGGAUGUUGCCCUUCGCACUGGUCAACCACCCGUCAUAGUUGACGAAAAUUGUGACUUGACCAUGCCAGAAGGAUAUACCGAGCGAGCAUUCUCUGAUCCGGAGAAAGAUGAUAAUCCUAAUGUGGAGCCGGUCUUUCCUUUUGAUUUGCGUCUGAGCAUGCUCAAGUCUCGAACUCAAAGUCAUUUGUACUCGGUGAGCGCGAUGCAAAAGUCUGACGCCGAUUUAUUGAAAUCUAUACGGGAAUUGGAUGAUGAAUUGGAGGAGUGGCGGCUGUCAAUUCCGCCCCAGUGGCGUCCGACAAUGUCGUUCUCGCAAGAGACCUCCGAUCCGAAUAUGAGCAUGCAUUCAGUCAUGUUGCGGGUUAAUUACUAUUUGUGUAUGAGCGUCAUUCACCAGGCGAGCAGUCGGUGCAAGGCGUGGAUGCAGGGUAGUGGGAUGAUGGACGGGGUGAGUUCGAGUUUGGCUCUGUCGGUGGAAGCUAGUCGGUCAACACUCUGUUACCUGGGAGCUGCGGAGCAUGUGCUAGUAGAGGGAGUUUUCUGGACACUAAUAUUCUACCCCAUGUCCGCACUCCUCACUAUUUUCUGCAGUAUCCUCCAGAAUCCACUGGAUCCACGCUCGCGUGAUGAUUUGGAUCAUUUGAAAAUGGCCACCGUUAUGAUGGCUCGCAUUUUCUCACGAAAUUUGCCCGAAACCGAGGUCGAGCACCUGAAGCUGGUGGCUGACUUUGUCACUGAGCUCAAGCGGCUGGCCGAGUGUGCCAUUGACAAGGCAUGGCGGGAGCAGAGCGCCAGCUCUCAUAUGGCAUCAUAA